CCCUGUCGCCGUUGUGAAUGCUUGGUUCCAUGCGUGAAAGACGCCAUGGCGCCAUCAUGGCUUCCGUCCAGAUGUUGGCGCCAACGGGAGGCCAGCCAGGCCUUGUGUGCGGAGGAGGUGAGCCUUGGGCCCUUCGCCCUGCUCCGCGCCCUGUGGCAACCGCUGCUGCCCUUCAUCGUGGCCAUGGCCGUCAUCAGCUGCAGCGACCUGUGCUUUGAGCGGCUCAAUUCGAACUACAUCUCCGAACACCACUUGUUGAGCGCGUGGUACAUAAUCGCCAACAUCUACUCAUGUUGCUUUGGCUUCUACAGCGAUGUGAUUUUGCCCUGGCGCCUGAGCUCGGUGUCGCGGCUGCUCACCUGCCUGCUGCUGCUGUGGUGCAUUUCUUGGGACAUGGGCUGCCGCCUCUUCUGGUUCUUCUGGGAGCGCUCCGCGCGGUUGCAGCACGAAGCGCCCAAGCGCUGGCCGAUGAUCUUCUGGGCCGUGGGCAACGACUUGAACAGCCUGCUGGUGGUUCCGAUCAUGUGCACUUUCGCGCUGCAGCGAAAGCCGGCCAGCCAGGAGCUGGACGACCGGGGAACCCGCGGUGGCCGCGUGGACUGGAUGGCAUUGGGCUGCAUGGCGCUUGGCCUAUGCUUUACCAUGCUGGACUAUUGGAUCUUCCAGGUGGUUACCGACGUGUGGUGGGCUCACGUGAUGCGCCUGUCAGGCUGCAUGCCGCUUUUGGCGCUGACGCGCUGCUCUGGGGAGGCUGGACGCACCUAUGGGGUCAUCCUGGUGUUCAACCUCUUCUUUGACUGGACCUGGGCAACACUGCGCUUGGUGGCCGGGGCGAUCUUGUCCGGCCGGGAUCUCCGGUUGGUUCGCGCGCUGCUCUACCAGUCGGUCUUCGAAAUCAUCUCCCUGACGCUCAAGGGCUGUAUGCGCGGCCGCAGCGUGGAAGAUGUCAUCGUUCUCCGCUUCAUCCUGACUGGUUUUAAUGAGUACUUCCUGACGAUGCUGCUGUUAGAGAGCGACACGGUGAACCUGCAGUUUUGCCUUAUCCUCGUCUUUAAGCUCUUUCAGAAGUCCGUCAAGGCGCACCCAGGCUUCCGCACACUGAUGAACGGGCUGUGGGCUGCCUUGCUGCAACGCCUGGGCAUGCUCAAAUGCCUCAAGGUCUACAUGGCGGUCUUGGGUUUCCAACACACGGAGUUGCGGGACAAGACCUUGCUGCUGUCUCACGUCGCCUCUUUGGUCAGCUGCUUUGCCCUGGCCUCCGCGCUGGUCACCGACGUGCUGUUCGAUGCGGGCCCCUUCAUUUUUGAUCGGGCCGGCUCCCGCUGGCAGAAUCGCCAGCAGGUGGCGCUGCUGCUGUUGCUCCUCUUCCUCGGCGAGUGGUCCAUGCUGUGGCUCCAUGCGCACUUCUCCUACUUCUCAAGGAAGCUCGUGCCGGGCUGGCUGCGAGAGGAUUUGGUGCACUGGGAAAUUGACCUGCCCUGGUGGCAGAGCUUCCUCUCGCGGCGCUGGCUGGCGGCGGUGUGCAGCUUCGGGUUGUGCAUUGCGCGCAGCCACGAGCAGCUUCUCACUCGCCUGAACCACCGCUCGGAUGGGUGAUUCUCCGAAAAGCCGCGAGCGUCUUGCGUCUGGGAACUCUCACACGACAUUCUCACUUGCCUCACUUGCC